AUGUCAUCCAUUCUCUCCCGGCAAAAUGUCAAUACUGAUCCUCAGUUCGUGUACUAUGAAAACGAUUCAUUUUGGUGGACUCGAACGGGCCAAAUUGUCAGAUGGAGCAUAUUCUUUGCAAUCUUGGGCCUCUUCAUUGCGUACAUGAUAAUCGGAUACUGGCAUGCAAAGAGAAGGAUCAGUAGGGGCCUGCCUCCGCUGGCAUACCACCGAUGGCUCCUAAACAGACAGCAACGGGCAAGAUACGAUCCCUCAUACCAGAACCCACACGUAUUCUAUACCAGCUACCCUCAACCAGGUGGUCAAUACGGCAUGAACCCAAUGCCUCCACCAAUGUACGACCCAAACGGCCAACCACCGGUCUAUCAACCUCCCGCUGGAGCAAGCAAGGUCGACCCAUCGCAGUGGCGUUCGGAGCCUACUAGACGACCGGCCGAAUCUGGUGAACAAGCCCCAGAGUACGAUGCACCACCAGGACCUCCACCUGCACCUGUUGUUCACGCAAACCACACGGGCAGUUCCACUGUCAGCAACAACCCGUAUAGAUUGUAA